AUGCGCCUGUUGUUCGGAAGCAGACGAUGGAGUAUGGAGCAUGGGCAUUCUGGACAUGCUGGCUACGCUAACUAUCAAAUUAUUAUUAUUAUUAUUCGAAGAGUGCGAGCGUAGUGCUUUUGUAAACAUAUGCCGAAUAGGCUUUCGUUGGAAACCCAAUGCAGUUUUGUCCUUUUCAUAAGCCAGAAGCCGGUACUAGCACCGACGGAGGAGACCUGCACUGGCAGGCUGCAGGAGUUACAGAAUACACACAGUCCUAACAGAAAAGCGGGAAGAGUCGCCGCUUUUCUAUAUCGGAUUCAGGACCUCCGUCUCCGUCAAGAAUUUGUUGUCUCUGUGGCAGAAGGUUUCGUCGUCAAACUGCCAGAAGCCUUUUCGUCGGUCAACAUAAGUACACCGCCAGCUAUUGAUGCGGUAGCAGUCCGAGUCGGCGCUGGAGCCGUCCUCUGACAAACGUGUGCUAUAGCAGCUGAGUAGUGUUCGACCUUCACCGCACUAGCAUUCUCCUGUCUGCAUCGGAGAGGGAGGCCGAGAGGGAAACGUAACCACCAACCGAUGACAAGCAAGUUGUAAAUUGUAAAAUCUUCUCCAGUGCCACCGACCCUGUAACAGCACGCUACCUUGGCAUCACCGUUCGUGUACCUUCCGAAGCUCUUUGUGAUUUUGGUGUGCUUGGCUUGUGAUACUCCGCACAACAGAUACACGCACCUGAAGUUUGUUUGCGCCCCACGCAGUGCCGGAUGUUGUCCUGAAGGUCAAGAUCACAAAUUACGCUACUGCUGGGACCUGGCUUUCGCGUGGGUGCUGCAUGAGGACCUAGCUCUCAAGUCGAAACUCAAAACUCGUCAUUUUGAUGGUGGAUUUACUCAGUUCUUGGAUCUCUCCUGGAGCGCUGCUUGGUCUGCAAGCUCUCAGCUGAUAUGUUAUGCAUGUGCAUUGUCACCACCAAGAGAGACAAACCAACAUUGCGAUAGAGGAAUCUUUCAUAGAGGAAUCUUCGUAGAGGAAUCUUCAUUGAGGAGUCUUCGUAGAGGACUCUUUGGAGGCAAGCGUUUGGGUGGUCGUUGACGCCACGGCGCGCUGUGUGAUCAGCAGCAGGGGUACAACAGCUGAACAAUGUCCGGCAUAGCAACACUUCGCUCGGACAAUUGGUUUAAGGCGUGCUGCUCGUUGGUGGAGAUUGAUGCUGUAUCAGACCUGAAAGAGCAACUAGCUUUGGGCUUCCCGGAAUUUGAAUCGUCUCAUCUGAAGCACCUGCAUGUGCUUGGACGCUCGUACAAGUGCUCAGAGCUGUCUGUUCAGGCUGGCCUUCUGCUGAUUGCUAUUCAUAAUGCCAGCGUAACAUGCCUGGAGUACCUCCUAAGCCAGGUGACGGAUGCUGACCUGAACAGGCGUUAUCAUCUCAACUCAGCCUCCGUCCAAGAAACACCACUGCAUUACGCAAUUCGGAAGCACCACAACACGAUAGUAGAUCUGCUGCUCUCGAAGAAUGUUUCCCUGACCAAGCUGAAUUCGCUGCAGCAGACACCGCUGGACUUUUGUAUGCUGGAGGCACCCGGUUGUUUGCCAAACUUGCUGCAGCACAUUGAUCAGCUGGAGUACACCAAAAAGGUGACAAAGCUGCUGAAGGAGUCGGUGGACAAGACGAAAGGACGUGCCUCGCGUCAUGCCACUGGGCUUGUCGAGAAAUCAUGGCUGUACAGAGUCCUAGGUUGCGGCGAGCAGAGCUUCAUCUACGACGUUUCUCUGACGGUUGUGGGUGCGCCUGGCAGCGGCAAGACGACUCUCGUCGAGUCGAUGGCCACGUCCCGCUGGACGCUGAAGCACGGCGACAAGAAGGCCGCAGCGUGGUCGGACGAGGACGGCAAGCGAACGCGAGGCAUGGCCGUUGGCAGCUUCAAGAUGGACGGCAUGACGAUGCGCUGUGUGGAGCUGCCCGGCAACAAUGCCUUCUCUCCCGCCUACUGCCUGUUUGCACGGCAGACGACGACGGACGUUCCCAGCAUAGCCAUAGUGGUGUGCUCAUGUAUGCAGUCACGCACACAGGUGGCUCUGGAGCUCAAGCAUAGCUUCUCGAUGCUAGCAACUCUAUCAAGAAGAAACCCCGCUGAAGAUCAGCGACUGCUGACGUUCACCAUCUUCUCGCGAGCAGACUUGGCCAGUAUGUCAGAACGAGAGAAUGGCACGCUUGUCCAUCAGGAAGUCAAAGCAGACUAUGCCUCACUUCUCAACCUACAGGAGCCAUUCUUCGUCAACACGCUAAAAGCUUGGGACACGGAUAUGUGCUUCUUCCGCGUGGCCUUCUCCGAAGCAAUAACCCGUGCUGUUGGGAUGUCAGCAUUCCAUCCCGCUGUCCUGGAGAAGCUUCGGUCCGCACUGCCAAAGAUCCGCUCCAUUCUCAAGUCACCCAUCUCCAGCAAGACUCAGUUUAUCAGAGCAUUUAUGACACACAUGAAGUAUGUGGAUUGUUUGGUGGAACCAGACGACAUUCAACACAUGCUGCAAGAUGCACUGGACAUUCUAGCAUCAUGUCACGAGGUUAUCUUGUUUGAACACGAAGGCCUGAAGAGAACCAUAGUCAACGAGCCCUCCUGGUUCCUGACUGACAUCCUCGGUACACUGUGUUCACCUCCUCACUACCCACCACCACGCGUUGCCUUCAACAGCUCUGGCAGUGCACCACUCAGCCAUGCUAUGUCCGUGUUCGGCGUGGACAUAGUGGAGGUGCUGAUACGACUGCGGCUGUGCGCCGUCGAUCGCUCCACCAUCAUGUUGCCGCCGCGGCUCAAGCAGCCGGUGAGCGGAUCGUCCCUCGUCGGCGGCUGGGUGAAGGAUGACGAUCUCAGCAGACACACUGGCUGCCUGUUUGUCUGUGACACGCGCACACCGUUCGCCUCCGGCCUGCCGACGCAGGUGCAGAUUGCCGUGCGCGCUCAGUUCCACGAGAAGUUUGGCAUAGAGUGCACCAUGCUGCGCGAUACGGUCGAGGCGCGGGCGUUUGGCAGCGCUACUCUUGGCUGCGUCACCUUCCACCCGGGUCUGCUGGAAGCCAGCGUGAUUGUGCGCGGUGAAGCCGAUCGAGAAGCUGCCAUGCACUCUCUAAUGGCUAUUCUUCGCCAGACCCUCCUGGAGCUAACAGCAGUGUUCAGCCCAGGAAGCAUCGUAGCAGAGUAUGUGCUCAGCUCUCAGUCUAUUGCCGAGCACAUUCGUACAGGCCAGCGACCCCUGUCGUUUACGCAUUACGCAACCGAUGACGUCGUAAGCUGUUUAGUUGGCAACAAACCGCUCACGCCGCUCGGUGCUCAACCCCCAGCGGCGGACAAUGCACUGGAUCUCCUCCACCUGCCCAGUGAUCACCUUCAUCUACUGUCCACUGAGGGAAAGGCAGCACUUGUUGAUGCGCUCAGCGAGCUAAGCGAUGCUGGUGACUUGCUGAGGAAACUCGCCUGCAAACCCACGCCUGAGACCGGAGAUGACAGCAGCUCAAACAAACAGAUUGCGGAGGAGAUUCUGGACCAAGUCAAAACAUCACAAGGCUACUGCGCGACAACAUCCUGGAUGUUAGAUCAGCUACGGGACAACACAGAAGACUGGAAAGACGUUAUACAGGUGCUGAAAACUGAACAGAAGAAGAGUCGAGAAGGUAGUGGGAAUGAGUUUGAAGAAGACAAUCGCCAUCGUCGCCGGUACAUGGACGUGCAGACGGACAUGUUAUCCACUGCCAGUAGUGAUAGUGGUGCAACUGCUGAUGCUGCUGAUGAUGCUCCUGAUGGAAGCAGCCAGCAUGGAAAUCUGAGAGAAUUUGACUUAUCCAGCUUAGCGGACAUCAAGUCCUUUGCCACGGCCCUCACCCAGCUCCUGAGUGAAGCAGAGCGAGAUCAACUGGCUCGCUGCGUUGUCACGGACAUACUGGAUGAGAGUACGAACUAUCGCAAAGUCAUCACGGAGCACAUGACACAGAACGCGGACACGUGUGGCAGUGCCGGGCCGGUCAGCGCGGACAACAUCGACGGCAUCCUGUCGUUCUGGAUGCGCGAGAGCGUGUGCCUGCCGCCGACUAGCCUCCACUUGGUGUACUUCAUAGAGGAGAGUACGUUUAGCGUGGCAACGCGUCAGGCAUGUCAUCAGCUCAUAGCCACGGCCAAGCUGAAGACCUGAGGACAGAGCUGUUCAGAUCGAAGGGUCGAGCGGUGCACCGGAAUGGAAGACUUGUGCGGAGACGAACAAAUCAUAGGAAAUGCUCCACUAGCAACGAGGAACGUCAGACCCAGCAGCGCAAAAGGAGAUAGGAGUGAGUGAGUGAGAGAGAGAGAGGAGAGAGAGAGAGAGGUUAGGGUGUUACGGAGGCAUUCAUCCAAGCUGCUGCCCUCCAUCUAUGUGGCUGUUGACAACAUUAGCACCGCUAUUGUCUUGGCUUUGGUGGAAUGCAUACAUGUGGCCAAUUGACCAAUCCAAAGGAAAGAAUCGUGGAAAUUUUCAAAUUGCUUGUCUGUCUUCAUCAUUGAAAAAUGCUACUACAGCGUUUACAAUCUGUCAUACUUUGCUGAGAAUUAUUUACAUUUUACAAGCUUUCUUUCACUUAUUUCGAAGAACUUUCAAAACUUCAUCAACAGAAGAUGAAAUUAAUAAAUUAUUGCAGUGUGUACAGCCAAGUGUAUACAUGUAUUUGGGUAGUAAGUGGUAGUAGUGAUUCUUAUCCACCUGGGGACUUGGCUGCACUAAUGGCCGCCGUGCUUCUCCUUCCUCUCUACCUCGACCUUUCUAUGGCCAUCUUGCUCCUCGGUUGGAUUGGAGGAUUUCUCCCAGCUCUAGUUUCCAAUCUUUCUAGUUCACUUUCAAGUUUGAAUUAUUUUGAAUUCAGAGUGUAUUUAGGGGCCGUCCGUGAAUAUCGAUGUUUUUUUCAAGACGAUAUUUGUUCAUUUCUCCCCCUUCAAAACGAACAUACACAUGUUUAUGCAAGGGUUCGAUAUUUUUAAUGAAGUUCAAUUUCCUCAUGAAACGUGACCAGCUGCCACUCUAAUUUCACCGUACACCUAGGUUUAUGUUGCCACGGUCGCACAACCUUGCCAUGGCUAUGCUCACGAUACGCACAUGAUACGAGGUUGACUUUCACAUUGUGUAGGUCAUAAACUACAUGUUCGAACAGUGCCCGUCCAUAGAUAGAGUUCGAUAUUUUUUUCUGCAAAGACAAGACGAACAGGGCCCAAACCCCCUCCCCCCCCCCCCCCAAACGAACGAAUAUCUUCUCUAAAAAAACAUCGAUAUUUGUGGACGACCCCUUAGACAAAAUAAUGCUGCCUGCUGGUCCACACUGUACUGAUAAUCUGAUACCACUCAUUCCAAAUUGAUACUACCGGUAAUACUUGAAGAUCAAGA